UGUGCUUCUCCACUGCCCCUGUUUGUCUCCAGCACCUCCCUUCCCGCCCCCCGAAUUCUGGUACUCCUGGACACCUCGCCGCCCCCCACCCUGCCUUCCUCAGCUCCCCCCAGUUCUAGGGUCCCACACUCUCUCACUUUGCUUCAGCUGACUCAGGGCCAGAGGUGGGAGCAAGACUUGAAGACACACACACACACACACAGCCACAGCCACAGCCAGCGGGCCUCCUGGGGAGGAGAAGGAAUUCCCAACUGUAGGCUUGGGCUGCCGUCUUUUUGGAGGGUUCCACCCUCAGGGCUGUUUGCCCCAUGGGCAUGUGUCCCCAGGCGGGACUCCUGGGCUGGGUGGGCUCCACAGCGGGCACAUGGAUAGGCUGCCCACACCUGGAACACACCGGCCACCACCCCCGCCAUGCCGAUGCCACAGCCAUGGACACACCCCUCCCUAGACCUUGUCCUUUGCUGGCUCCGGAGCGGAUCGGGCAGCGGUCCUGGUGGGCCCAGCCUGAGCCAGCUAUGCAGCCGUUGCCUGCCGGGCCCUUCCCGGAGGAGGUGGCAGAGGAGGCCCCUGCCCAGCCAGAGAGCGAGCCCAAGGUGCUAGACCCGGAGGAAGACCUGCUGUGCAUUGCCAAGACCUUCUCCUACCUGCGGGAGUCGGGCUGGUACUGGGGCUCCAUCACGGCCAGCGAGGCCCGGCAACACCUGCAGAAGAUGCCCGAGGGCACGUUCCUCGUCCGGGACAGCACCCACCCCAGCUACCUGUUCACACUGUCCGUCAAAACCACCCGCGGCCCCACCAACGUGCGCAUUGAGUACGCCGACUCCAGCUUCCGCCUGGACUCCAACUGCCUGUCCAGGCCGCGCAUCCUGGCCUUCCCGGACGUGGUCAGCCUCGUGCAGCACUACGUGGCCUCCUGUGCCACCGACACGUGGGACCCCGCGCUGCCCGCCCCCGCGGCCACGGCUGUGCACCUGAAGCUGGUGCAGCCCUUCGUGCACCGGGGCCGCGCGCCCAGCCUGCAGCACCUGUGCCGCCUGGCCAUCCACCGCCUGGUGGCCGACGUGGACUGCCUGCCGCUGCCCCGGCGCAUGGCCGACUACCUCCGCCAGUACCCCUUCCAGCUCUGAUCCGCCCGGCUGCCCUCGCCUCGCCCCGACCUCCGGAGGGGACAGCGGCCCCGCUGGACUCAGGCCCUCGCUGUCCGUCCUCCGGUCAUCCUGGUGCCCAUGUGCUUCUGGCAGCUGGACCUGGAAGAACCCGCAGAAGCCAGGCUGGGGGCCGAGGAGCAGCGGGGAGUGUCACACAACUUGGAGGUCACGCCCUCAGCUCCCAUGUGGCUCCUGGUGGCGAGCCACGUGUCGGAAGAGAGGGAGCCGGCAGGCACCGGCUCACCCUCUGCGCGGGCCGGGCCCCCUCACCUGCUGCGCAGCCCCCUGAACUCCGCAGACUUUGCCUUAGACUUUGCAGGGCUCUCAGUUCGCCGGGUGGGGGGGCCCUCCUUCCAGCCCGACUUCUCAGGGAGGAUGGCGGCCAGAGGAACGGAGGUGGACAGUGACGUCCCCUGGUGGGGAGCAGGCCAGGCUGGACCCGCGCGGUUACACGUAUUUAUUUAUUUAUUCUCCUCGGGCUGGCCUCAGGGUGGGCCAGCCCCGCCUCUCUGCCCUGAGCCCCGAGAGCUCCGAGACCCCAGCCCUGCCCAGCUUCUCUGCUCCUCCCUGCGGAGGGCCCAUCCUGAGACCCCAAGCGCCAACGCCCCGUCUAUGGAUGUGUCCGCCCGUCUCCCCAGCCCUGUACACAAGGUGGGCGAAUGGACAAGCACAUGGAACCGAAGCUUCAGCGCCCAGUGGAGCCUGACAGCCCCCCUCCUCCCCCCCAGGGCAGAGCCCUGUGUCCUCAGAGCUGGUCUCCUGGCUGCCGCUCCGCCGGCCUUGCUUCCUCCCCGGAAGGGGCCCGCCUGCCCCCUGAGAGAGAAAGAGAUGCGCAUCUGAUAAGACUUUAUAAAAUAAUUAUUAUAACAAAAACAAAAAACACACAGUUUGGUAGUCCUUUAUCUUCCACUGAUUUUUCUAUAAUGGCAAUAAAAUUGUUCCUUUCGUU